AUGCUGCGUCUGCACGCCGGCGCCAGCACCGUUGCUUGCGCUCCCGUCCCGCCUCUGCCGCGCCAGCUCACGCCCCGGCGGGCAGCGCGGGGCCGCCGCCUCUGGCCGUGCAGCGCGAAGAAGAAGGCAGCGAACGAGGACGAGGACGACCGGCGGGCGGGAGGCGGCGUGCUCUCCAGGACCGUGCUGCUGCGGGCCGGCGUCGCGCUCUUCGCCCUCGGCUUCGUCGACGCCGGGUACAGCGGCGACUGGUCUCGCAUCGGCGCCAUCUCCAAGGACACCGAGGAGCUGCUCAAGCUGGGCGCCUUCGUCGUCGUGCCGCUCUCUCUGGCCCUCGUAUUUUCGUUAUCCGAAGACAGCGACCGUAAAUCUUAG